UUUUAUCUUUUAUACUUUUUCUUAAUUAUUUCCUUAAUUAUUUAUAUAUUUCUUUCUUUCUGUUAAUAAUAUAAUUAGAUAAUAUAUAUAUAUUAUGUCUCUUUUAAAACAUAUAUCAACAAGAGUUGCUUAUUCAUACCCUCGUACUUUAUUUAUAGCCACACAGCAACAAAUCCGUCAUCAUGCUACAGUUAUUCCAGAUAAAGAAAAGCCAUCUCGACUUAAAGAGCUUCGAAAGAGACUACAGGAUGAAGAUGCUGCAGACUCUCUGGAUGAAUUUGUUAACCCCGGUUUUGAAAAGAAAAUAUCUCAUAUCGAAGCUCUAGAAUUAAGAGAAACAGUUGUUGAAGGCAAGAAAGUAAAAACUACAAAAUUAAAACAGCCACGCUUACCAGAUUGGUUAAAAACGGAUAUUCCUUCUGGAAAGAAUUACGGUAAAAUUAAAAGAGACUUACGUGGUUUAAAACUCCAUACAGUUUGUGAAGAAGCUAGAUGUCCUAAUGUUGGAGACUGUUGGGGAGGAGGUGAACAUCAGACAGCCACUGCUACCAUCAUGCUGAUGGGUGAUGAAUGUACUCGAGGUUGUCGUUUCUGCUCAGUUAAAACAAAUAGAACGCCUAAACCUUUAGAUCCUCAUGAACCUGAACAUACUGCAGAAGCUAUCAGUCGUUGGGGGCUAGAUUAUGUUGUCUUAACUAGUGUUGAUCGUGAUGAUCUUCCAGACGGUGGAUCUACUCAUUUUGCAGAAACGAUUCGUAAGAUCAAGCAAAAAGCACCUCAAAUUCUUGUUGAAUGUUUAACGGGUGAUUUUGGUGGUAAUCUCAAGGGAGUUGAGACAGUUGCUUUAUCUGGAUUAGAUGUCUAUGCACAUAAUAUUGAGACAGUUGAGGCGCUAACACCGUAUGUUCGUGAUCGUCGUGCAGGCUUCCGUCAAUCUCUUAAUGUGCUUCAACAUGCCAAGGAAAUUCAACCUAGCUUGAUUACAAAAUCAUCUAUUAUGCUGGGUUGUGGUGAGACAGAUGAAGAAGUAUUACAUGCACUUGAAGAGCUUAGAAAGGCCAAUGUUGAUUGUGUGACACUUGGACAAUAUAUGAGACCUACAAAACGACAUAUGAAAGUCCAUGAAUAUGUUACUCCUGAAAAAUUCAAAUAUUGGGAAACAAAAGGUAUGGAUAUGGGAUUCAAGUAUGUCGCAAGUGGUCCUUUAGUUAGAUCAAGUUAUAAAGCAGGCGAAUUCUUCAUUAGUAAUAUUCUAAAAGGUCGUAAAGGUUUACCACUCUCUACUACACCGCCUAAACUUGAAGCAAACACAGAAGAAACAUUAUAGUUUUUUUUUCUUCUUCUUUAUUAUAUUGUAUGAUAAAUAAUAAAAUUUAAAUAUAUCAUUUUUUUAGUAGUAAGCUUAUAUAUAUUUGCUAUAUAUUUAUAAUUACCAUAUCCUCUGUCUACAUCCUCUCCCCCCCGAAAAUAGUGUGCGUAGUUUAUCAAUGUGCUCAUUGGGUUUAAAUUUUAUUAAUAAUAA